AACUAGGGUUUCACUCCUAAAAUCCCCAAUUCAAAUUUUAUUCUGUUUCAAAUCAAUCAAUCAUAAACGAACACCUUCACUCAUCAUCCUAAUUCCAAUUUUCUCUAGAACUAGAAUCGCUUAUUUUUCGAACAAAAAUGUCUAACACCACAAGCAACAGUGCCGCUGGGGUUGACAACACAUUCAGAAGAAAAUUCGAUCGUGAAGAGUAUCUUGAACGUGCUCGUGAGCGUGAGAGACAGGAAGAAGAGAAAGCUAAACCUAAAGGUAGAGGUCCUCCAGUGCAGAGGAAACCAUUGAAACAUAGAGAUUAUGAAGUAGACCUUGAAUCCCGCUUGGGAAAAACUCAGGUUGUAACGCCGGUUGCACCACUAAGCCAACAGGCUGGAUAUUACUGCUCAGUUUGUGAGUGCGUGGUGAAGGACUCUGCAAACUACUUGGAUCAUAUUAAUGGAAAGAAACAUCAGAGAGCGUUGGGCAUGUCUAUGCGAGCUGAACGUUCUUCUCUCAAACAGGUUCAGGAACGGUUUGAAAAUCUGAAGAAACGGAAAGACCUAGGAAGCUUUACAGAGCAAGAUUUUGAUGAAAGGAUAUUAAAACAGCAACAAGAGGAGGAAGAAAGAAAGCGACUGCGUCGGGAAAAGAAAAAAGAAAAGAAGAAGGAAGCAGUAGAAGAACCUGAAAUGGAUCCUGACGUUGCUGCCUUGAUGGGGUUUGGAGGUUUUCGGUCGUCCAACAAAAAGUGACAUUCUUCUACAUGUGGGAUGAGCUGUGUGAAAUUUUGAGCAAUUUUCUGCAAUGUUGAACAGAAUCUGGUAGCUAACAGUUUGGUUCUGGGUGGUUUUAGGAUGAACCUAUGAUCAAAUGGAAAAUAGUUGGGAUCAAACAAUAGUUUGCAAGCUGUCCAUGGUGUUAUAUUUAUUCACAAGAUUGGUAUGUUUGUUGUACAUUUCUUCUGAUAGCUAACAUGAUGUAUCAUAUAAUCUUGAAACAUGUAUUAUUUACCAUUAUCCAUGUGGGGAGUGACAGAUUGCCAUGGCUCAGAGAUAUCCAUUAUGAACAUUCGAUUUAAUUCUAUAGUGGGCUAAUGCUUUCCAAAGGGUGAAUAUUUUUUGAUCGAGGAAGAUAUACAUGCUAUUUUUUGCCCAAUAA